UUUUAAAGAGAUGGGGUCAAGGGAAUUUUGAGAUCACUUUUCCACAACGGUUUCUGCCCAUCCUUCUAGAUCUGGCCAGGGUGGGCAUGUUCCAGCUCCCCUUUGUGUAAUAGUCACCUGGUAGAGGCUUGGUCUUCUCUCUUAUGGUGCCUAUCUUACAAAACCACUCCCCCCCCGGUCCCUCCCCAGAUACUGGCCCAUCUUUCUGUUGGCCUUCAGAAAAAUAGUGAUGAACAAGGUGUAGAAUGGGCGAAAGAUGAUGGUGAGAAUUAUCAAGGCCUCAACUUGGCUUGUUUUAAAUUAUCUCGGCCAAUCCGUCUCCUGUAAUACUGUAGUUUUCAAUGUAACCCAUCCCCCAAAGGAGGCAGGGUUUGAGUCAAGUCCGUAGUUUGUUGAAUUGCAUCCAGAAUUGUGGUGCGUCUCAAUUGUGAAUUGUGGUGGGGUCAGCAUGUUCAAUCUCUUGUUUCCCUUAGCACCUUCUAACAACUGUUGACGUGCCGUAUUCCAAAGGAGCGUUCUUGGGAGGCGAUAACAAAAGCUUGCAAUAAUUAACAGCACGAAUAAGAGAAGUGUGGGAGAUGGAAGUUGCAGAUGAAGUUAGGAAUUUUCUCUUCCUCCACAUGAAUUACAAACUCCAUGAGGGUAUUUUGAAUCCAUACAGUAAAAAUAGAGUUCAGCUAAAUGCCAAGUCACAGGCUCUGAUGAGUCCAACAAGUUCAGUUGUUGCAGCAGGACAGAAAAAAAGAUUCCAAAACCGCAUGAAAAAAACAAACAGAAUAUCUGGUACACCUUUCUCCUGCCUUGGAGACAAGGGCCCCCAGAGAAAAAGAAUCAAGUCCAGAUUAUCCAAAGGGGCAUCUGGAGGACACCUGUAUUUUAGUGGACUUGGAGCACUCCUUGCAAGAGACCUCCACCCAUAAUGCGAUCUUCCUAUCUCCCCCUCCAUCAGCCAAUUCCAAAUGAAUUCCAUCUGAAACCCAAUACAUGCUAGCAUCCAAUUUACAUCCUAGGUCCCUUCAAAAAAAAACCCCACCGGCAUAGAGUCACUGAGUAAAAAGGCACAUUCAAUAGUCAUGAACCCCAGUUGUACUCCACCUAGUCCCCAAAGGAAUCAAGAAGCAAUUCCAGAGGCCAAAUAGGUUUGUCUGAAGCAGGGAAAUUAGAGAAAUAAAGAAGUCUGUAAAACAAAGGGUUGCACUGGUGUUUUAUCAGCAAAGGAACUUUGUGGCCCAGAGAGAUUUGCACCCAUAAAAGGACCCAGCUGAUCCACAGUUACAAACCCAAAGCUCCCAAUGUCACCCCUACUCCUCUUUGUUAGACUAGACAUACUCAAUUCACUGGCAAACUAGAAGGAUUGCAGAGCUCACCUAACAGUGAGGGCUGUGGGCUGAGGGAAUGGUGCCCAGUCUUAAGCUGGAACUGUGAUGUGCAAAAAUACGCUUGUUUGAAGGUGGAGAAUGAGAAGGCUUGGUAUAAAAGCAUUCCUCUCCUCCGCCUCACCUCUGGUUAUCAGUGGGUCUCAGAAGAAGGAAGAAGGCUGCUGUGAUCUAUUGCCAGGUAUGAUUGCUUGGCAAGAGAAAAGGGCAGGUGUGCCACAGAAAGAUGACAAACAAUGACAGGCCCGCGUGGCCCAGAUCUCAGAGCAGGCUUGCCUUGGAAUCUCUUGAAUCCUCUAGCAGGACUCUAUAAAGUCUUAAUGAGACCACACCUAGAGUACUGCAUCCAGUUUUGAUCCCCACACUAUAAAAAACAUGUUGAGACUCUAGAAAGAGUGCAGAGAAGAGAAACCAGGAUGAUUAGGGGACUGGAGGCUAAAACAUAUGAUGAACGGUUGCAGGAACCGGGCAUGGCUAGUCUAGUGAAGAGAAGGACCAGGGGAGCAAUCUUCCAAUAUCUGAGGGGCUGCCACAGAGGAAGGAGGUCAAGCUAUUUUCCAAGGCGCCUGAAGGCCAAACAAGGAAUAAUGGAUGAAAACUGACCGAGGAGAGAUUCAACCUGGAAAUAAGGAGAAAUUUCCUGACAGUGAGGACAAUCAACCCAUGGAACAGAAGUUGCCUUCAGAAGUUAUGGAAGCUUCAUCACUGGAAGCUUUCAAGAAGAGAUUGGUCUGCCACCUGUCAGAAAUGGUGUAGGGUCUCCUGCUUGGACGGGGGGUUGGACUAGAUGAUCUACAUUGGUCCCUUCCAACUCUGUUUAUCUGUUAAGGACACCAAGGAAUGUGGAGAGCUGACCAGUCCUGCUGAAGGUUUACUUCAUGUCCGUGCAGAGUGUGGCUGGAGAGUUUCUGCAUAAUGGGGAUAUGGUGAGCUUUGGGUUUGCAUCUCUCUGUUUUCAACUCCAGCCAAGAAGAGUUUGGGCACCUGGAGCUAACCUGUGGCCAAUCUUGAAAACCUCUAGUAGGCUCAGAUCAGACAGCAAAGUUGUGAGCUAGGUUGGGGAAUCAAAAUCAAAAUCAUCUCAGAACAAGGCAAGACCCUUCCACGUUGCUGUCCUGACAGUUACAUUUUGUGCCAUGGAUGAACCAAGAAUCAAGGCGCCUUUUCAAGUUUGGAAAGGAAAUUUUUUCUCUGUUUCUCAAAUCAGGAAAUGUAGACCUUUCCUCCCACAAGGGUCUUGCAAUCUUGAAGGAGGUAGAAAGAGACGGGGGGGGGAGGAAGAGGAAGGGUGGGGGAAACCAAAGGAAGUAACUAUUUCACAACAAACAUGCUUUUGUGAUGUAUUGAUUGCAAUUCACACAACUUUCUCAAUUUGGUCAAUGAAUUCACCCAGUUUCUGGGUUUUCAUGAAAACCAAACCAUAAACUAAUCCAAAAGCCAUUUGAAACGAAUCAAACGAAACACCCCACGCAAAUGGGCUCUACCAAGAUGAAAGUUGUGGGAGAAAACUGUUUCCUUAUCUGAUGGGUUCUUGUCCCUGAAGUUCCAGGACUGGGUACCUCCUUUCCUUGUGCGUGGAAAUAAGCGAGCAAGUGAAAGUGAUGGGAGCAAAGAGCAUCUCUCCAGAGGCAGUGGAAGAUGGAGAUCAGAGGACACUCUGGAGCUGGUAGGCAAGCAGGGCAUUCAACACCCCCUUUCCAACCUUUGCUCUCUGGGUCUGGGGUGGCAGACAGCUGCUGUCCCCCAGCCAGGUUCUUUCCUUCCUACAAGAAAGGGCUGCGGAGCCCUGGAACAUCUGCCAGCGUCAAGGUCCCUGACACAAAGCCCUCGAUUGUGCUCCCAUGAAUGCCUUGGCUGUCUCUCCGGGCAGGGCAGGGCAAGCAUCACUGGGGCCUGGCCAGCAUCUCUCUGCAGCCCCCCUUCCCUCCACCCACUAGGUAGUCUAGUUUCACCUCCACAUGCCUCUGCCCAGGCUGGGAAUCCAGGGGCAUUGCUCACCUGGCUCUCCUUGGGCACAUUCUUGGAUAUCUAACUGGGAGUUCUGGAAUUACAAGGCAAUUCGACUCAGUCUGAGGAAAGAAAGAUCCGGGAUGGAGGAGCAGGCCGUGGCCCACACUACUCUCAACACAGAAAAGCCCCCUCCAGCAGAAUCCCACAGCCCGUCCAGAAUAUUUGGGGCCAUCCUCUCCAUUAUGUUGACCUGUGGAAUUAUCUGCAUCACGGUGGCAACAACUGUCAGCUUCACCCGGGUUUCGCCCAAGCCUCUUUCGCAGGUAAUGCGACUAAACUUCCAGAAUCGCCCGGGAUCCUCGAUGAACCAGUCGGUAGUGGUCAGCAAGGCCAAGAAAACCAUCACCUACUACAUCACCUCUUCCAGUAACCAAACCACCGCCAUCCUGUUUGACUGCAAGAAUGGUUACGUCUGCUAUAAGCUGUCAGGGCACAGCAAUUGUUACCUGAAGAGGAUGAAUGCCCGGGAUCAGGAUGCUGCCCAGGCCUCCUUCAACCUAUCCAAGCACAAGGAGGACCCGCUGCUGCUUCCCAGCCACAGUUCGCAAUACUACCAGGAAUUCCUGGGGGUUGUGCCAGGGAGCCUGGUGCAGCCAGCGGAGGCAGGAGAGGCCGCCCGGGCUCUGUGCAAGCAGGUGCCCAUCCGCUGGGUUAAGAAGAAAGAUGAUCCUCCAAAGCAGCGGCUCAUCUACCUGUGCAUUGACAUCUGCUUCCCAAACAACAUCUGUGUCUCCAUCUGUUUCUACUACCUUCCCGAGUGAAGGUCCAAAGAGACCGACUUCCGUGGUUCAGCUUGGCU